UUUCAACUUAAUCCAAUAUCUACAGCUGAAUAAAAGGGCGAAGCGUUUUUAUUUUUACGCCAAAGUCAUGAGAUUACAAUGUCCAGUUGGUGCCACUGUUACAGCUGAUCUGAAGACGCUACGCUUUAUCUGUGUUUAUGUUACGGUCGAUUCCCGUUACAUGAUAAGGAAGUACAGUGCUCAUUGUGAGCGAAUGAGUAAUACUAUUGUCUUGUGACUGUGAUGUCAGUGGAUGGAACAGGCAUAGUGAAGCACUAGCGGAAUCACUGUGAAUUAAACUCUGAACGAAUUACAAUGGCCUGGACAAAAUAUCAAAUUGUGCUUGCCGUCGUUCUGGUAGUCACCGGAUCCAUCAACACACUGACAACAAAGUGGGCUGAUCGUAUGACAGCGAAGGGCUCGGACGGCGUGGAAAGAAAAUUCGAUCAUCCAUUCGUGCAGUCAUGUGCCAUGUUCCUUGGUGAAAUGUUAUGUUUAUUAGCCUUUGAAAUUAUUUCUUGCAUUUAUUAUUCAAGAACUGAAAACGUCGAAGAACCGUCAAUUUUGAGAGGUCGAAGGGAUUAUAAUCCAUUUGUUCUUCUUCCACCAGCAUUAUGUGAUAUGGUAGCAACGUCAGUGAUGUACAUCGGACUCAAUCUUACGAAUGCAUCAUCCUUUCAGAUGCUACGUGGUGCAGUGAUAGUAUUCGUUGGGAUAUUCUCCCGCAUAUUCCUACAUCGCAUAUUAACUAUCCGUGAGUGGAUUGGAAUACUAUUUGUUAUUCUUGGUUUGGUGGUUGUAAGUUUGUCAGACCUUGGCAGCGACUCGUCAGGUAGCACAGGUGGUACAACAAAUGUCAUAUUAGGUGACGUUUUGAUUAUUGGUGCCCAGAUUAUAGCAGCAACACAAAUGGUUUUGGAAGAAAAGUUUGUUUCUGGACUUGAUAUACCACCUAUGCAAGCAGUUGGCUGGGAAGGAGUCUUCGGUUUGGUGAUAAUGGGCUUGCUUCAGAUUCCAUUUUAUUACAUUCACGUGCCACCGCCGUUUAGUGACAAUGCUAGUUCUAGUUUAGAAGAUGUACCAGAUGCAUUUGCACAGAUGGCUGAUAACAAUCUUAUACUUGUUGCUCUGUUAGGCACAGUUGUGAGCAUUGCAUUUUUCAACUUUGCUGGCAUCAGCACAACUAAAGAAAUAUCUGCAACUACAAGAAUGAUUUUGGAUAGUGUUAGAACACUUGUUAUCUGGAUUGGUUCAGUAUCUUUUCAGUGGCAAUCAUUCCACUACCUGCAAGUAAUUGGUUUCAUUAUUCUUCUUCUGGGGAUGUGUCUUUACAACAACAUACUUGUUCCUCAAGCAUUUAACAAAAUUAAAGCCAUGAUCUGUAGGAGACAGUCAUCAAAUGCUGACUUAGAAGAUCCUCUUGUUUCUAAUCAACCAGCUGAUGCACACGAAACUGGUGCAAUCAAUUGAUACUGACACUGAAAUUAAUUUCAAGUUUAUUUCAUAUUUAUGUAUAUUUAUUUGUUUUCAUAUAUAUUUUUGUAUAAUGUUCUGAUAGACUUUACACCAAAGCUAUGUCUUUUGUACACCCUGUGAUAAAUGGCAUGUGUGUGUUAGUUGUUAAUGUUUAGAGACAAGUUAGUGUUCAGUGACAUUACUGAACUGUGAAACUGCAGAGAAGUAAAAGUCUGAAAUUAAUUGUUACAACUUAAAGUGAAGACCAGUGAUGAAGUGUGAAUAUGUGUACCUGGAAUUUAUUCAUUUAAAUGUCAAGAAAAAGUUGAGUGUUUUCAACACAGCUGUCUGCCAGCCACAGUGGGGAAAAUUAUAUCAAUUAAAUUUUAUUUGAAGUUUAUUUUGUCAGUCCACAGGUUAACUGCUGAUGCAGUCACGUAGAGCUUUGUUGCCAGAUAUAUAUAUAUAUAAGGACCUUGGUAUAGUUCCCAAUUUUUAACAUCAUAUGUAAAAGUGCUUUCCUAAAUCACGAAAGUAGUUAGCAUUUUGAAAAAUCUUAAAACUCUCAAGGAGACAGUUUUAUAGUAAUACAUAUUAUUUUCCUGUUAUUUCUCAUUUGCUAUGAUACUGUUUCAUAUAGCUGACUUUGUGUAGGAUAUCAUGUUUCCAUUGAUUUGUUGCAUAAGACUCUUGCUAAAACUUUCAGCUGUUCAUAAAGUUAUUAUGUCAAAAUGGCAUCUCCUAAUUAGUAAUUAACCAUGUUUUACUGGUCUAUUUUAUAUUAAAAGAAAACUGUUUGGAGUCAUUUGAUACUGGCUGCAGGGUUACUCGUGUGUGUGUGUGUGUGUGUGUGUGUGUGUGUGUGUGUGUGUCUGUGUGUGUGUGUGUUUUUGUGUGUGUGUGUGUGUGUGUGUGUGUGUGUGUUAUUACAUGUAAUGAUCUCUGGAGGAAAAAAGAAAGAUUAUGCUCUUAAGAAGUUCUUGCCGUCUAUCCCUGUAGUUAAUAAUUGUUAUAUAACUUACUGCAGAGUUGUAUAAAUAAUAAUUAUGCAAAAAUGUUUAUCCUUCUAAAGUAUGGGUUAAAUUUAUUCUGCUUUUAUGUCUCAUGAAAUAAAAUAUUUUUUGUAA